UUGAAAAGACAAUGUCGGGUUAUCAAGUGCCAGAGGCCCGGAUCACUCGGCCUGCGAAAAGGGGCUUCGAAGUAUCUAUUCCCGAUGAGGAGGGAAUUUUACUUUUCGCAUUUCACGGCAGACUCAACGAACCUAUCGUCAGUCUGCGGGAUCAGACCUGGGCAGAGGACAUUAUUCGGCCAGGUGAGGAUGAGCGCUGGACGUAUACCAAUCGAGAUGUGCAGCUGAAGGAAGGAGACGUACUCUACUACUGGACUACAGUGCGGUAUUAUGGAGUGGACUAUCACCGAAUGAGACAGAGUGCGGCUUUAUGAGAAAUGCCAACGAAAAGGAAAUUCAAAAUAAACCUUACUGAGCGGCUUAUAUAAACUCUA